AUGACGACCGCCGCUCGCGAUGCAGCUUCUUCCACUCUGAACCCUUCCACAUCCCCUUCUACCACCGCUCUUUCAUCCAUACCAUUUACAGCUGGCAUCCCUAUGGUGUCGGCAGUCUCAGAUGCCGGUGCUGGCGCUGCUGGCCCAGGGCUCGGCUGGAAGGAUCCUCCCAAAGGCUUAGAGCUCUCGCAGGUACACUAUCUCGUUCGACAUGGCGAAAGGACACCUGUUCGAAGUCGUCUCACACACAUCUUUCCAGAAAAGUGGAAUCUAUGUCGUGCUGGACGCGAAUUCGAUGCGUGCGUACUCGAAUUGACACCGACCGACAACUCAAUACCACCCUUCGAAGUAGGUCAGGUGCCUCCAGGCAAGACGGCGACCAUGUACAGCAGCAUCAUGCGAAUGCGACGCAGCGUCGAGACCGAAUCCUCCUUAUCAGGCCGUGGUUCCAAGGACGAAGAAGGUGAAUGCAUGCUCGGGGAGCUCACCGAUCUUGGCCGCCUUUCGACGCUUCGAUUCGGUCGCGAGCUUCGUCGCCUCUACGUCGAUCGCCUAGGCUUCUUACCGCAGCUCCUCACCAGUAAGGACAACAACGCGCUCUACUUUCGCAGCACUAACAUGAGUCGCACCAUCGAGAGUCUCGAGCAGGUGAUUCGAGGGCUCCAUUCGAACGACGUCAAACCAAACACAGAGGGGCAGUUCAUCCCCAAGGUCUUGGUUCGCAACGGCACCGACGAGAAUCUUUUGCCCAACACCUACGGCUGCUCUCGACUCGGAGCCCUCGAUCGAGCCUUUGCCGACGCUACUGCGCGACUCCUCAAUCCUUCUCUCGAGGAAUUUGAUGGACAAUUGGAAUCCGUUACGGGCGUCAAGCCGCGCGUAGACGGACGACCUCGUCUCAACGGCAUCGUCGACACGGUCAAGGCGGCGCAGGUGCACGGCUUUCCCAUGCCUGCUGCACUCGCCGAUCCUCGCAUGCUGCGCAAGUUCGAAUCCGCCGUCGUUGCAGAGUGGUUUUCGGGAUACAAUGCGCCCGAUCCGGAACAAAGGAGCGAGUUCCGUCGCCUCGCUAUGGGCCGCCUCGUCAACGACUUGGGCAAGCGCAUGUCGUCUCGAGCAGAGAAGGGUGAACAAGAUCCGCUCAAGUUCGCUGUUUAUGCAACUCACGACACAGCGCUAGCCGGUUUGCUCAACACGCUCGACUGCUUUGACGGUCGCUGGCCCAACUUUACCGCUUCGAUGGGCUUGGAGCUCUUCAAAGACGCUUCGGCGACGCCGUCGCUUUUCGCCAAAUUGCAGAGCCUGGUUGGACUCAGAUCGUCGCAGCAGCAGCACUAUGUAAGAGUUCGCUACGGCGAUCGCGACAUGAAGCUGCCAGCGUGCGCAGCUCCGGGUAAGCACUACGAAGGCAAGCCAGAAUUUUGCACGCUGGAAGCUUUCAUGGACAUUGCCAAGUCGCUCCAGCAUCCCAAGGGCUGGACUUGGGAGCAGCAGUGCGCCGUUGGUCAGGGUCCCAAGUCGUCCAAGUAG